AUGACGACUCGUCAAUUUAAGAUACUCUGUUAUAAAAAGACAUGUAUAGAAAUAGGAAAUUCAUCUUGUUUAGUCAAAGGGGAAAAUAAUUUUAAAGUAAAUUAUGAAGAUAAAUUAAACAUCUAUAACAGUUGUAGUGGAAAGAAACGAUGUAAUGUAACUGUAAAUCCAUCAAGAAAUAUAAAGAUACAGAUUCCGGUGGCUUGUGAACCAGCAACCAGAAUCUACAAUUUCAUAGAGAAUUCUCCUACAAAUUUUACAAAUAGAUAUCCAAUAUUUUACAUCGCUGCCAAAGGGUCUAACAUAAAUGUACGUUGUCAUGGUUACCAAAAAGAUAUAACAGAGACAGUGAACAUGUUGAGUACAACAGAGAAUUCCAAGAUGGUUGAUAAAGAAGGAGAUGAAACCAAUCCCUACACUUUAUUUGGUGGAAUUUUAGCUGCUCUGAUUGUCACAAACACUGCUAGUAUUGUAAUUGGUCUCUACUGUUUCUCAGAAACCGAAAGUCGCUGA